CAUAACCCUACCUAAAUAUGUCAAAAAUUAGGUAGUUUUUGAUGCACCUACCUAUAUGAAUAUGAGUCGGGUUAAAGCCUAACCUAGUUGCUUACACCGCUGAUUCAAGCCAUUAUGGGUCGAGUAGUCGACAAUCACCGACCCCAGCCGGAGUGUAUUUCGUUCGAACUUGUAACUCACUCAUAUUUAUAUCGGAUGCAUCUUGUAAUUAGUACCCCUUCAGAUUUCUCCUUUUCUCUCGUCAAGGACUGUAAAUAUGGCACAUGAGAGUGAGAUGUCUACCGAAAAGCUCCCUUUACUUCCUGACGAUGUUGCAGCUCAGUGGCUGGGGUCUAAAUUGGGACACAAGGUCAAGUCAGUUUCGUUGACACGGACCAAAUUCGGCACGGGUACCAAACUAUUCUACUUCAUCGAGUACGAAAAUGAAGUAGCCGACCCAAGCUCACGGCCGUCGCACGUCUGUGUUAAGGGGGUGUUUGAUCCUGUCAUGCUUAAAUCUCAGUCGUGGACUCUGAGUCUAGCGCAGCGCGAAGCUGAUUUCUUCGCGAAGAUUGCGCCGGCUAUCAAGCAUAUGAGGUAUCCAAGGGGCUGGUGGGGAGGAAGAAGCGACCAGCAAGGUAUCGCCAUCAUGUCAGAUUUAGUGCAUGAAGGGUGCACGUUUCCAUCCGAGGCUGGGUCCUACCCUCUCGAAACGGUGCUUGAAGGUGUUUACCAGAUAGCUGGAUUGCAUGCCCAGUUCUGGGGCAAGAGUCAGGAGGACUAUCCUUGGAUUGAUAACAAUUACGACCCGGCUAUGUUGGCCAUUACGGAGACCUGGGACAGCGUCGUGCGAGAGCCUGGGCGACCCAAGCUACCGGAGUAUCUAAUGGACGGCGCACGUGUUAGAAAAGCACAGAAGAAGUACUAUUCCCGAAGGAAUCCCAAGUUCCGCACGCUACUCCACGGCGAUACGCACAUGGGAAAUACCUAUUUCACGGCUGAUGGGCACAUACGCUUCUUAGACUGGUCGGCGUUUCAUUUUGCCUCGUGCUUCCACGAUCUUGUGUACUUUGUGUCAACUAUGAUGACUGUCGAGGAUCGGCGGACCCAUGAGAUGGAAAUAUUGGAUUACUACCUGUCAACUCUGCACAGUCUGGGUGGACCAAAGCUUGACAGGAAUGACGAGGAGCUGAUGAUUGAGUAUAAAAAGUCGUACUUGACGAAUUUGGUAUGGCCCGUCUGCGGGUAUAUUUUACAACCUAAAACUACUGUGGACGUCUUUGCCGAGCGGACAAUCGCCGCAUGGGUGGACCAUAAAGUUCUUGAAGUUGUUGAAGCCGAGCCAUAGACGUAGUAUAGGAAUAAUAUUAGACCUUAGGUACAUUAGCUUUACCAGAUUCUAUCUAUAGCGAAGGUUGGGACCAAAUGUCUCGCAUAUCUAGUGACGAGCUACCCAGG